UGGAGCUCUCCGGGCGGCACACGUCUGUCACCGCUCUGGUCCUUCUUUUGCAGGCUGGCCACCGCGUAUGUAGGAUUGAGCAAGAGACUGGUGCCAGGCUGUUGAGCUCCAAGGCUCUGUGCUUCGGGCAAGGUGUCUGCUGGGACUCUGGCGAGUUCAGCUCCCUGGUCAAGCAGGUGCCAGAGCACUGUGCUGUGUCUCCAGCAGCUCCAAGGGCUCUGUGCUCACCCUGUCCUGGUGGCGUCUGAGUUUGAACAUGGUGCAAAAAUACCAGUCUCCUGUCCGAGUGUACAAGUAUCCGUUCGAGCUGGUCAUGGCGGCCUAUGAGAAGCGCUUCCCCACCUGCCCCCUCAUCCCUGUUUUCCUGGGUAGUGAAAUCCUGGGCGAGUGGAGAAGCGCCGAUGGGGCUGUGCACACGGUGGAGCGGAGCUGCCGGCUGCGUGUGGAUGCCCCGCGGCUGCUGCGGAAGAUUGCUGGUGUGGAGCACGUGGUCUUCGUGCAGAGAAACGUGCUGAACUGGAGAGAGAGAACCCUGUUGAUCGAUGCCCACAACGAAACCUUUGCCAGCCGAGUGACCGUGAAGGAAAACUGCCGCUACACAGUCCAUCCUGAGAAUGAAGACUGGACUUGCUUCGAGCAGUCCGCCUCCCUGGAUGUCCGGUCCUUCUUUGGCUUUGAAAGCACCUUGGAGAAGAUCGCCAUGAAGCAGUACACGGCCAACGUCAAGAGGGGGAAGGAGGUGAUUGAGCACUACCUGAGUGAGCUCAUUUCCCAGGGAACAUCUCACAUUCCCCGCUGGACACCUGCCCCAGUCCGGGAGGAAGAUGCCCGCAGCCAGGCUGUGCAUCAGUGUCCCAGCUCCAUGGUGACAGAUGACCCCAGUAAUGCCCCGGGCCCUGAUCCUGAGAUGGACACAGCGGAUGAGUCUCAAAUAGCCCCUGAAUUUGCUGUGGAGAUGAGGACGUUCAUGAACUCCCGAUCCCCCUUCCUUCUCCUCCCUAGUGCUGGGAUUACAGGGCACAAGCUGGAUGCAGACUACAUCGAGAGGUGCCUGGGGCAUCUCACUCCUAUGCAGGAGAGUCGCCUGGUCCAGCUCCGGCGCUGGUUACAGGAGACUCACAAAGGCAAGAUCCCCAAAGAUGAGCACAUCCUGCGCUUCCUGCGGGCACGGGACUUCCACCUGGACAAGGCCCGGGACAUGCUGUGCCAGUCCCUGAGUUGGCGGAAGCAGCACCAGGUGGAUCUCCUUCUGCAGACCUGGCAGCCCCCUGCUCCCCUUCAGGAGUUCUAUGCCGGAGGUUGGCACUACCAGGACAUAGAUGGGCGCCCGCUGUACAUCCUGCGCCUGGGCCAGAUGGACACCAAAGGCCUGAUGAAGGCAGUAGGCGAGGAGGCGCUGCUGCGGCACGUUCUUUCUGUCAAUGAGGAAGGACAGAAGAGGUGCGAAGGGAACACGAGACAGUUUGGCCGACCCAUCAGCUCCUGGACCUGCCUACUGGACCUCGAGGGCCUCAACAUGCGGCAUCUGUGGCGGCCGGGGGUGAAGGCCCUGCUGCGGAUGAUCGAGGUGGUGGAGGACAACUACCCCGAGACCCUGGGCCGGCUGCUCAUCGUGCGUGCGCCCCGCGUAUUCCCGGUUCUAUGGACGCUGGUCAGCCCCUUCAUCAAUGAGAACACCAGGCGGAAGUUCCUCAUCUACAGCGGCAGCAAUUACCAGGGCCCUGGCGGCCUGGUGGACUACCUGGACAAGGACGUGAUCCCUGACUUCCUGGGAGGAGAGAGCGUGUGUAACGUUCCAGAAGGAGGCCUGGUCCCCAAGUCCCUGUAUCUGACCGAAGAGGAGCAGGAGCAGGCUGACCAGCUACGGCAGUGGAGUGAGACCUACCAUGCAGCCAGUGUGUUCCGUGGGACUCCCCACGAGGUUGCCGUGGAGAUCCCAGAAGGAGAGUCAGUCAUCACCUGGGACUUUGACAUCCUCCGAGGAGACGUGGUGUUCAGUCUGUAUCAUGCAAAGCAGGCACCCAAGCUCGGUCCCCAGGAGCCUGGGGUUAGAGUCAGUGGGCAGCUGAUCGACAAGAGCUGGGUCCUUGGGGUAGAUUACAGCCGUGUAGAGGCGCCCCUCAUCUGCCGGGAGGGCCAGAGCAUUCAGGGUUCCCAUGUGACUCAGUGGCCUGGCACCUACCUGCUCCAGUGGCAGAUUCACAGCCCCUCUGAGAGUGUAGCCUGCAGCCUCCCUGGUGUGGAUGAUGUCCUGACGGCUCUGCACAGCCCUGGCCCCAAGAGCAAACUGCUGUACUACUGUGAAGUGCUGGCAUCCCAAGACUUUAGGGGCUCCAUGUCCAGCCUUGAAUCCUGCACCAGCCGUUUCUCUCAGCUCAGCGCCACCACCUCUUCCUCCUCCUCUGGCCAGUCCCAUAGUGGCUCAGUGGUGUCCAGAUAGCUGGCUGGGAACCUGCUGGCAGCCCAAGUGCCUCUGGUAUCAGUGUCCAGGCUGAGAAGAGAAUCAGUCCAGACACCUGGGCCCAUGCUGGAUACAGACGAUGCCACAGCUGGGGUGUGGGGACUCCCACAGCAGAGAUCCACCUCUCUGCCUGUGAGCUGAGGGAGCCUUACUUCUCUGCGCAUGAGCGGACAAGGACAGACUUUCUUUUAAAAGCUGAGACCUCAUGGAUACUCCAUCUCCUCCUAUGUCCUGGAUCUGGAGUCUAGGGCUGGGACCAGGACUGGGCCCCUUCUCACCAUUUACUGUGCUUCUAAUAGGUUGGCUCUUUCCUCUGGGAGGCCUUUUCUACCAUGGGAUCAUCACUGUUGGGCAUCCUCCGCUAUCUCCCAGGAGAGUGCAAAGGAACGGCCCUUCCCAAAGUUCUAGUCCACUCUCCUUAGCUUGCUGGGGCCCGGGUCCAUUCUGAGCCUAUCACAGUUGCCAGGGAGUGUGAAGGGCACUUGAUUGCCAGCACGGUCAUAUAGCCAGUCUGGACCAAUCACUGUGACUUGGGGGACUACAGUGUAGUGAUUGGCCAGCCUGGAUUACGGAAUAGUGCUGGGGCCAAUCACGUGGUCUGGAAAGGGCUAGGUGGGCUGAAGGACUACUGGGGAUGGGUCGCCUCGAGAUGGAACCUUAGUCCUUAGUGCCUGGUUGUUUAGCUGUUUGUGGCUGAGCACAGUCCAGGGAGCUGCGAUGGGAGUCAGGGCUCCGCUUCCUACAAGAAACAACCCACCAUGGACUGCUUUUCUGCCUUCUAGUCUGGGACGCACCUUACCCUGACUCAGGAACAUAGGGAGCCUAGGGCUUCUGCCUAGUUCUAGGCAGUGAUGGGGUGUUGGGGUGACUCCAGCCUCUCUUGUUCCCCUCCAGAGUCUCUUCUUCCCGAGGUGCGGCUCCUUUAUGAUAUUAAAAAAAAAACAAAAACAACUAAAACCCUGCCCGGUGGUGGUGAUACACACUUUUAAUCUCAGUACUCGGGAGGCAGAGGCAGGCAGAUCUCUAUGAGUUCGAGGCCAGCCUGGUCUACAGAGCAAGUUCCAGGGCAGGCUACAAAGCUACACAGAGAAACCCUGUCUCAAA